GAACCAGUUGCGCGUUGUUUGCUAGCGUUAGGCACCGUCAGUUUCUCUAACCUCACUUUUUGCAACUAUCAUUCAACAACGAUAGCUACAGUGCUACAUCUGGGUCUGCGCUAAGGUUUUUCCAAAGCUCGACAACGAACGUAAACCCACGUGUUGACCGCGUGUCGUGUGCAAGUGUUGUUUUUGCGAACGAAAUCAGCGUCUUUGUUACUUUCUUUUCCAAAGUUUAUGCUCCCACGUGCGUGACCCGUCUGUCCGUCAGUGAAGUGGACGUUAACUUUAUCAGCAUCCUUAAAAAAUACCUCCUUAAAGUGUGGGUAUAGUGAAUAGUUUUUCUUACCACGUGUUACGAAGACUCUUAGUGCUUUCCAAGUUUGUGACUGUGACUGUGACUGUGAAACGAAGAAAGGAUUUUUUUUACUACUUUUGCGUCUGAUCGAUUCAUUUUAUCGAGCGAGGAAACCCCUGAAAGGGAAGACAUUUUAUUGAAUAAUAUGAAGAUGCUUAGUUAUACCACCCAGAACCUGCAUCCGUUCGCGUGCCCGAUGGCAAUUGAUGCCACGCCGGACGAGCUGGACAAUGUUGCCAUCAUGAACAUGACCAACACCGCCAGCAGCAUCAAUGCGAACGUCACCAGCAUGAACCUCAGCCCCGGCAGCAACAACAAUAACAAUCAUACGCUGAACAACAACAAUCCCAAGGUGAUAAACAACAAUACGGCGGUGGUGGUGGUGGACGUCACCGGCAAGGUGUCACCGUGCCAGGACCAGGAGGAUGAGGUGGUAGGCGACCAGCCCGACCCGGACUACAUCAAGAUGUUCGUCGGGCAGGUGCCACGGUCGAUGGACGAACAGCAGCUAAAGGAGAUGUUCGAGGAGUUCGGGCGCGUCCAUCAGAUCAACGUGCUGCGGGACAAAACAUCCGGUCAGAGCAAGGGGUGCUGUUUUGUGACUUUUUACACUCGUAAGGCAGCGCUCAAGGCGCAGGACGCGCUCCACAACAUCAAGACGCUUGUCGGGAUGCACCAUCCGAUCCAGAUGAAACCGGCUGACAGCGAGAAUCGAAAUGAACGCAAGCUGUUCGUUGGUAUGCUUAGCAAAAAAUAUAACGAGAACGAUGUUCGACAGCUGUUCUCGGGCCACGGCACCAUCGAGGAGUGUACGGUACUGCGUGACCCGUCCGGGCAGAGUAAAGGCUGUGCUUUCGUAACAUUCGCAACUAAACAGGCCGCGAUCGGUGCAAUUAAGCAUCUACAUCAGAGCAAGACGAUGGAAGGCUGCUCGGCACCGCUGGUGGUAAAGUUUGCCGACACGCAGAAGGAAAAGGAUGCCAAACGGAUGCAACAGAUGCAUUCGAACCUGUGGAGUAUGACCGGUAUCAAUCAGCCGAUCACACAAUCGGUAACGCCCCUGACCGCAUCCGCCCAUCCGAACCCACCGCAACAGCAGACACCGUUCCUGGCUGCCGAUGCGAUCUCCCCACCGCUAACGCUGCUACAGCAGCUGCAGGCCGUCGCCCAGCAGCAGCAUCUUCUGCAAGGACUUAGCGCCCAGACUGAUACGACCUCCGCCGCCGCAAGCCUUCUCGCUCCCAUCUCGUUGCAGAAUCUGGUAACGCUAGCCGGUAUAACGCAACCGUCGCUGCAGACUGCCGCCGCAGCAGCUGCACAGACACCGGCAACGGCCAUCAGCAAUGCAGCGACAUCUUUGUCCGGUCUGUUAGGGAAAACAGCAACGUCAGGGACUACCGGAGCUGAUACAGCCACCAGCCUGACUUCGUACGCCGCCUUACCGCAGUAUGGUGCAGCCGCAGCCACUGCAGCAGCAUUCACCCCGACGCCUUUAACUACGCCGACGCUAGCGCAAGCGGUGGCUGCCGCCGCAGGAAAGCAGAUUGAAGGACCAGAGGGUUGCAAUCUGUUCAUCUACCACCUGCCGCAGGAAUUCACCGACACCGAUUUGGCCUCGACGUUCAUGCCAUUCGGAAGCGUCGUAUCGGCGAAGGUAUUCAUCGACAAGCAGACGAACCUGUCGAAGUGCUUCGGUUUCGUGUCGUUCGACAACGUGUCGUCGGCCCAGGCAGCCAUACAGGCGAUGCACGGGUUCCAGAUCGGCACCAAGCGGCUGAAGGUACAGCUCAAACGCUCGAAAGACGCCUCGAAACCAUAUUAGGAUUUGGGGCAGCUGGCGACGACAGUGAAUGCGCAGUUGCUAAAGUACUGCGCGGCUGCCGUCGCCACCGCCACCGCCACCAUCAUCGCAAGCGCAACAAUCAACCGCGGGGCCAUCAGUGCGUCCAGCGGCAACAAACACACCAGCAUCAGCAGCAGCAGCAGCAGUAACAACUUUGCCACCGCAAACAACCUCAAAUUUACUACCACCACCAGCACCACCAACCGGGAUCAUACGUCGGGUGUCACAAGUAAGUCGUGAAAUUGUGGAAACAAGCACAUGGGGAAAGAGUGACCCAGGCAGCUUGUUUCACCACGCUGUGAUUGCUAGUUCGUUACUGCAACAGAUUCAGAAUCGAGGAUCGACGAUUAAUUCGAUGCUGAUACACCGCAGUGAAGAUCAUCCUAAGCAGAGACGCCACUAUAGUGCCCUAUAGCAUACAACCGCACUGGUUCCGCAAAUCGAUAGGAGUUCCACUACUGUAAGAGGAAUUUAUAAUAUUAGGUUUCGGUUAUUUGUUUGAAGUGAUGCAAUUACGUACCCCUUUUUGAUCAAUGAUAAGAUGGGAGGCGUACAUUUUAAAUGUCCGCAGACAGACAGGGUUGUGUUAGGUUUUGAUGUCGGCACGGUACGCAAAAGGUGUAAAGUGUGACUGCGAUACGUUAACGUAGCAUCUUCACGCUAAACGGAAAUUAAUUGUGAGCUUGCGAUUUUGUUAGGCGGUUAGGAAGGUUUUGAACUGAUUUUCAUGUCAUACGGCCAUUUACUUUCUUUAUGUUUCUUUCUACUAUCGUUACGCUACUCAUUUUACACUAUUUUACGUUUUAUUUUACAUCUUUCUUUGUUUUGAUUUGCGUUAUUUGCCUAUUAUUGCUUUUCUAUAUUAUUAGCUUUGUUUGAUCUUGAUUACCAUCCGGAAUGGAUGUUUUGUUAUCGAUAGAAAUGUUUUGAUUGGUAUAGAUUAUCGUUUGCUCAUCGUAGUUAUUUUUGUUGCCUUUAAUGACUCACGUCAUUAAUGGUGUUUGGGGUGUAUAAAGUCUGUUGCAGUCAAGUUGUGAUGCCGCAGCUACCGAAAACGCUGCCGUUCUUGCAAGUUUUAGGCUUUUUUUCAAUUUGGAACAAUGCUUCCAAUAUAUUUGUUUGGCAGACAUUGAGAACGGCAGCAAUAGAAUUUCGUGUUUAUUUGUUUCAUGUUACACCAAAUGCUGUAAGGAUUAAACCUAUUUGUGAAAAGAACAUGUAUUUUGAGUAAUAUGUUGCAUGUUAGAACACUUGAUGAGUGUGUGGGGCAUAUACCUGAUAAGAAGCAUAUAUUGCAUCUAUUAUGAAAUGGUUUUGGUGUUCAAUUUUGUUUGCUUUGAACAGAUGUUUAUUGUUACAUUAUUUUACAUAUUUAAAUACGCGUUUCUUUGUUUUCAUGUUCCUAGACACUGUUAAAAACUGUUGCAUCAAUAGUAUAACUGACUGUCGACAAUCACCUUCAAAGAAAGGUGACAACAGCACUUUAUACACCAAACACUACUACAUUUCAGUUAUAAACGUUUGAUUUUUGGUACUAAGUUGAUUUUACUUGCUAAAACUAAAUUACAACCCAAUUUGUUUCUUUGUUUAGAACGCGAUCUUAAACAACCUUAUUUUAUCGAUAAAAUUACUAACAUGCGUUUCUUUUCCCGACUAAUGGGAGUUUUCAUUUUCAUUUUUUUACUAUUUUUCAUUUCAUCUUUACAUUUUGUUAUACAAUGAAUGUGUUAUUAAAUUUUUUUCCAAACUACGCGCACUUGAAGAGUGAAAAAUAGUUCAAAACUUACGCACGUUAGGAUGUCAUUAAAAAUGGCUCCCCUUUGUAAUGUAGUCAACGGAAACGAACUUGAAACCAGCAGCUAGUAGAUGUGUUUGCACCUUUCGUCGAGUUUAUCCUUCUGUAUCAGUGUGUUCCUAUUGUCAGCCGAACUUCGAUUGGUAGAGACCUAGAUGUGAGGAUUAGUCGUGAGAUGUGGCCCACCAUGGUGGACCACGUUUCCGUUCACUAUAGCUGUGUUUGAUGUAUCGAGGAAUCAGCGUUUGUUCGAUGUGUUUUCGUACUUACACGCGUACACGUGAGGAAGCCAAAGGGUUUGAUUUUGUGUGUGUCUGGCGUAACCGUAAACCCAUUGUACCGAGACGAAAACGAACAGGGCUGUACCGAACAGGCUGCCACCCUGCCAGCGCAGGAGCGGUACGCGUUUAUUACGUGAUACAAUCAAUAUUUCUUUAGGAAAGACACUGAACAAAGCGAACCGUUUAAUGUAGAUGCAAAAAGGGCACUCGGACGUGUUGUGUUGCGCGUAUUACCUGUAUAACUGUUUAUGUACAAUCGAAUUAAAUGUCAUUUCUUCAUCAUGCA